AUGGCAUCGAGAAAUCCAAUAUCACUCAAAGAAUUUAUAUCUUUAAUGAAUAAAUUUCAUAUUAAAAAGGAAGAACCACUUGGCAUGAAAUGCGUGGCAGUGUCUGGUGGAGUUGAUAGCAUGGCUCUUUGCUAUCUUUUGAAUAAGUUUAGUAAAGAAUUUAAACAUAAAUUAACAGCUUUUAUAAUUGAUCAUAAAUUUCGACCUGAGAGUACUGAAGAAUCAUAUAGAGUUGCUAACAUAUUAUCUAAACUUGAUAUUGAUACAAAAAUUAUGCAAAUAAAUUGGGAAAUUUCUGAAGGAAAUAAUUUAUCUGAUACUCUCACUUUUCCUACAAUUUCUCAACAAGAGACUUUCGCUCGUAUUGAAAGGUAUAAAUUAUUGGCUCGAGGUUGUCAUGAGAGAAAAAUAUCUUCACUAUUUUUAGGUCAUCAUCAUGGCGAUCAAUUAGAGACUGUUAUAAUGAGAUUAGCGAGGGGUAGCGGAAUUAAUGGAUUGACCUCAAUGGAAUAUAUUAGUCAGUUUCCAAUAAUAAGAAAUGUUGAAUCAUUAGGCAUUAAUAUAAUUAGACCAUUUUUGAGAUUGAAUAAGAAUAGAUUAAUAGAAACUUGUAAAGCUGAAAACAUACCAUGGUUUGAAGAUUCUACAAAUUUAUCGAAAGAUUAUAAAAGAAAUGUAGUAAGAUUAGCAAUAAAUGAGCUUAACCAAAGAUACUUAAAUGGUCAAUCCGAAUAUGAACCUUUAUCCACAGAAGGAUUGUCAAGAUUUAUGGAACACAUGAAUUAUCAUAAAAAUUGUGUGAAAUCAAAGGUGAAAAUGAUUGUAAGUAAUUCGAUAAAAUUCGACAGUGAUAAUGGAAUUUGCUCGCUUUAUUUACCCAAGAAUCUUCCGCAUGAUCAUUGGUUCCGUGAAAAAUAUCUUGGGACUAGAAUCAUAGCUUUGAUUAUACGUUGGAUCCAGUGUAGUGAACAGGUUCCGCGACUGGAUUCUGUUCUUCGAUGUUAUCAACACAUAAUGUCAUCAUAUACAUCACAUAAUCUGUCCAACAUCACUAUCCAUGGAGUUCUAUUAAAUCCUGGAAAAAUUAUUCCUUUUGGAAAUACGGAUUCUCAACCUUGGAUAUUUUUUCGACAACCGGUUAAAGUAUCUCAUGAUAAUGUAACUAUACAACAAAUUAAUCCAGGUGAUGUUGUUUUAUGGGACAAAAGGUUUUUCAUUGGUUUAGAUGAAAACAUACCAUUAUCACACGAAAGCUCCAUUUUUAAAGUUCGAAGAUUCUGUGAAUCAGACAUUCAUCAAUUUUUCAAGAUGAAUUCAACAAUUGAAAGUCAAAAAAGAUUUCGAUAUUAUUUAUCACAAGUAUCUCCAAUUGGUAGGUAUACAAUUCCAGUGCUAAUUAGUCAAGAUAAACAUGCAGUUUCCGAAAAGUUGAUAGGUUAUCCUACUUUGAAUAUCAUUUUAUAUCCCGAGAUUCACUGUUGGGUUAAUUUUGACGUUUUUGGUGGUGUUAAGUUGUUUUUGGCGCGUUUAGGUUGUUUUUGUGCGUUUAGGUUGUUGUUGGGUAUUGGUGGGUUUGGGUUAUCGUUUUUUGUGGGUUUAGUUUGGUGGGUUGUUGUCGUUGGUGGGUUUAGAUCAUUUAUGUUAUCGUUUUUGGUGGGUUUAGUUGUUGUUGAUGGAUUUAGGUUAUUUUUGGUGGGUUAUUAA